AUGGCGUCCUCUAGCAAGUAUCCUUACACAGACGUCAUCUUCGGGGUCAAGGGGAAGAUAGGGAUCAUAAAGCUCAAUCGACCUAGGUCGCUCAAUGCUUUCGGCGGCACUCUGCUUCCCGAACUGGCCUCGGCAAUCCGAGAGCUGAAUGAGCAUCCAGAUACCGUUUUCACAGUGCUCACCGGUGAGGGCAGGUUCUUCUCUUCCGGUGCCGAUGUGAAGGCCAGAAAUGCGCAAAACCAAAGAGAAGAAUUCCCCAAUCCCACAGCGAAGAAACUCAACUUCAUGGCAAGUCAGACGACGACUUCGGCCGUCGAGAUCCUCCGCUCCUUGAUCGACCACAAAAAGGUUCUAGUGCUAGCCCUCAACGGCCCCGCCGUGGGUGGCGGUGCUGCCUGGUUUACGGGCGUCGCAGACAUUGUCCUGGCAGCUGAACGCGCAUACCUCCAGGUCCCGUUUAGCGAGCUCGCGCUGGUCCCUGAAUUCGGCUCGGCAACCUCGUUCGCGCAGUCUAUAGGUGUUCAUCGUGCCAACGACUUCCUGCUAUUCGGCCGCAAAUUGACCGUCGAGGAGCUCGAGCAGUGGGGUCUGGUCAACCGGAUUUUCCCAAGUGAAGGGUUUCACGACCAAGUCAUUGAGUUCCUGGAGGGACAACUCGCCGUCAAUGAUGGGAAGAGCAUGAUGGAGGCCAAAAGGUUACAGAACAUCCCACUGCGCAAGGACCGGUUGUUGGCCGUGUACGACGCGGCGGAUGCAUUGGCGGAGAGAGUGAUGGAAGGGGCGCCAGACGAGCGAUUUGCGGCGAAAAAUAGGGAGUUACACCGUGAGUAUACCGCGACACUCGAGGAUGUCUUGCCAUCUCCAGUUUCCCUACAAGUUUAUCAAUAUCUCAGAUGGCUGACCACGACGGACUAG